AUGAAGGUUGCUCUCGCUGGUGCUGGCCAAGUUGCCCUUUGCCUGGCCACCGAAUUCUGCAAGUCGGAUGACGAAGUUGUUGUUCUCACCAGUACUUCUAAACCGAAUUUCGAACACUUGGGAGCUGAGAUCCGUCUCACCAAUUACUCCGUUGACGAUUUGACAACGAAGCUUGAUGAUUGCGACGCGGUUAUCUCGACCCUCGCCGGCCCUAACGAGUUUUAUAUUUACGCACACUCCAAUAUCCUCGAGGCAUGCAGCCAAUCGCGCAGGUGUAAACACUUCAUCCCGUCCGAAUGGAACGUCAACUUGGACGAUUUCCCGGAUCAGCCGAUGUUUAGUGCCCCAACGCACGAGGUUGUUCGCAAGAAGCUACGCUCACAGCAUGGCGUCAAGUGGACUAUGAUCUGCCACGGCUGGUUUAUGGAAUACCUCCUGCCCAAAGAGAAGAACCCACUUCGCGAGAUCGGCCCCGCAUGGGCGAUGAACCAUAGCACUAAGGUUUUCGACAUGUAUGCCGAUGGCUUGCAAAAGGUCACUUUGACAUCUACCACAGACGCAGCACGGGCAGUGCUAGCUUUGUUACGGAACAGCAUCAACACCGGUGCCGAUUUACCACCAAUCACUCUCCUGGCUGGGCAGACUUUGACCUACCGAGAGCUUUUCCAAUCAAUUAAAGCACGCGACCCUGCCUGGAGAUCUAACCAAGUGACCUUUUCUGAGGUCCUUGGCGACAUUUUCGAAGGUCUCAAGGCGAAUGACCCUGGGGUUGCCUACCACCAAUUAAGGGUUCUUGGAUUUACAAAUGCCAAUCACAACCCCAAGGAGAAAGCUCUGGAAUGGGAAACUGGAGUUCUCCAAGGAUUGCAUGCCACUACCGUUGAGGAGUUCCUGGACCAGGCAGAAGCUAGCAAAGGCAAAUGA